CAGCCAUCUAUCUCUAUCGCGCCUUCCCCACCGGCAUCGACCUCUCUGCCCUCAUUUCGGUUUCCCCCAUUCCCCUUCGCACCCCCGCGGCGGCGGAGCCUUCCCGGGCGCUCACCGGACACGCGCAAAAACACUAUGAGGAGGUACAGCCCUCCACACCGUAGUCCCCCGAGGAGGGGAUAUGGCGGCAGCCCCGCACAUCGUAGUCCCCCAAGGAGGGGAUAUGGUGGCAGCCCCCCGCACCGCAGCCCCCCAAGGAGGGGAUAUGGUGGCAGAGGAAGAAGCCCCCCUAGGAGGGGCGGAUAUGGAGGACGAAAGGAGCAGGGUUCUGGAAGUCUCUUGGUCCGCAACAUCCCAUUAAGCGCCAGAGCGGAGGAUCUCCGUGUUCCUUUUGAAAGGUUUGGUCCUGUUAGGGAUGUUUACCUUCCAAAGGAUUAUUACAGCGGGGAGCCACGAGGGUUUGCGUUUGUGGAGUUUGUUGACCCUUAUGAUGCCUCUGAGGCCCAAUACCACAUGAAUCGCCAGGUAUUUUUUGGCCGGGAGAUAACUGUUGUGCUUGCUGCUGAGUCACGGAAAAGGCCAGAGGAUAUGCGCACUAGAACUAGAGUCAGGGGGUACUCUGGAGGUCAUGAAGGGCGCCGUUCCUCUCAUUAUGGGAGGUCUCGUUCCCGUUCACGCUCCGCCUCUCCCCGCCCUCGUGGCGGUGGCCGUGCUCGGUCAAGGUCAUACUCUCCUGCUCCAAGACGGCGAGAUGACUACUCUGCUUCCCCACGGGGAAGGGAGUCUCAUCGCACGAAAUCUCCUGUGCGUCAUCCAAAAGAACAUGAGGAGGACAAAAGGAGAUCCUACUCUCCCCCUGGUAGAGAUGGUGACCAACGUGAUGCUGAUAACGGGUAUGAGAAGAGGUCGCCACCGGCCGACAGUGAUGGAUCCCCUUCACGCCCGAGGGUGGCCAGGCCAUCCUCAGGAUCGCCCCCUGGAUCCCGCUCCAGGUCCCCCGACGCUUCUCCUGCCCGCAGCGACUGAGAAAUUGGUUACAUCCUCUGCGGUCGCCGCAUCUCCAUCUAGCUACUUCCAUUGGUUCGAGUAAAACCCUUCGAGGUGUGUUGUAUUGCUUGUUAGCGGUCACAGACGUUAUGUUCCCGCUUGUUGCUGUUGAACCUUAAGGCCUGUAGCAUGGCGUGUCUGUCAUAUCUAUGUACCAUGUGUGUGGAGUGUCAGGGACCCAUUUUCCAUGUACUUUGUUUGGGAAAAAGCUUGUGAGUUGAUCCAA